AUGGGUUGUUCUCAAUCGGCUCCUGUGGAGGACAAUGCAGAUUUGUCAGUCGGCGGGCGGAGCGAUGCGGAUGUUCAGUGUUGUCUUAUUGGAGGGGACGAGGAUGACCUCAUUAGGGAGUGGAUGGGGAUGGCCAUGGAGGAGUGGCGGGGUCUACGGACACUAUAUAUGGCCUCGUCAGCUUGUAUUGCACUGGAGGAGAUCGAGGCUGUGAGGACCGCUAGGCUGGCGGCUAUCGACAGCGAAGUCCAACGACGGCAUGCGGAGCUAGAUGAUAAUAUUGCAAUUAUGAAGGAGGCUAGAGUGGUAGCACUAGAGAAGGAGAUGAAGACUGAGAAGGAACGUGUGGUGGACGAGCUCAAUGAGUGGUGUGUGGAGGAGAGGACGGCUCGUAUGAGGAGCAUGCUGGCGGAUUUCUCAAGACGAGAGGCUGAGUUGGAUGGACGAGUGAGAGAUCAUGAGAGGGCUCUGAAGGAGAGAAUAGCGGACUUGGACGAGAGCCAAAGGAGAGCCAUUCAGUUGCUUGUUCAGGCCACGCCUUGA